AUGGGGUUUCUCCACUUGGCCGUUGUUUGUAUUUUGUUGGUACUUUCAACAAUAUGUCCAGCGCGCACCCAGAUCAGCAAAACCGUCCAGAAUUGUGGGAAAAAUUACACAAUGGGACGAGAUAAUUUUGUACUGGACGCAGAGGAGUCUAUCAGGGAAGGUGCCACCUACAUUGCUAGCCCAAAUGUGGAGAGACCACAGGACUGUGUCAAAGCCUGCUGCCAAAACUCAAAAUGUAACAUGGUUUUGAUAAAAGACGGAAAAGAGGACGGCCCGAUUGAAAAGUGCUUUCUGUUUGAUUGUUUGUACAAACAGAAGUACGUUUGUAGAUUUGUGAAAAAGAGAGGCUACACCAGUUAUAUUUUGGAUUCUGUCUAUAACAGUUACCUGGAGGGGCCCAAGUCAGAUCCCGGUGAGGAGGAUAAGCAUCCCAUAGCUAAUGCUGGACAGGACAUGGUGGUCCAGCCUAGCGACCAAGUAAUAUUGAACGGCAUUCAGAGCUGGGAUGACAAAGGAAUCAAAAGCUAUAAAUGGGAACUUCUGAAGGGGAACCCAUCUGUUAAAAUGGAGAAAACGCAUCUAAAGGACCAGUUGAUGGUGUCUAAUCUUAAUCCUGGAGUGUAUGAAUUCCAGCUGACCGUCACUGACACGGCAGGCCAGUCGGACACCACACAAGUGAAAAUUCUUGUUCUCACUCCAGAGCAAUCUGAGAGUCACUGUCUGGUCCCCAAGAAAGUCGGCCGCUGUCGUGGCGCCUUCCCUCGCUGGUAUUACAACGCAGCGACGAGUGAAUGCGAGACGUUCACUUACGGCGGUUGCGCGGGGAACAAUAAUAACUACAUCACAGAGAAGGAAUGCAAGGAUGCCUGUGAAGGCACCUCAGUGUUUGCUGGUGGUAGCAGAAGAAUUGACUUGUCCAGAAAAGUGUGUGAUGCUCCUUGUGAGGAGGGACAGUUUGCCUGUACGGACGGCUGCUGUGUGGAUAAAGCGGCAGAAUGUGAUGGUGAAGUUCAUUGUGGUGAUAGUUCAGAUGAGGAGAGCUGUGACAGAUUGAACAGGACUCUGACAGAACUGAUGAGUAUUGAUGUGAAUGAAGAAAAAGCCCGUUGUGUAGAGCCACCAGUGACUGGCCCCUGCCGUGCAAGCAUGACCCGCUGGUACUAUGACCCUCUUGAGAGAUCGUGCAACCGUUUCACCUAUGGAGGCUGUCAAGGCAAUGAGAACAACUUCAACAAUGAGGCAACAUGCAUGACCGCUUGCGAAGGGGUUACAGAGAAAGACGUCUUUGCAGUAGGAAUGUUUGAGCGUUCAGAGCAAGAUGGAGGCAAUUCAGGUUCUGUUGCCAUUGCAGUCAUUCUAAGCGUAGCCAUCAUGGCAUUGUUGGCUUUGAUCGGCUACUGUUACCUGAGGAAUCGCAAAACACAGACUCAGCACGAGCCCCUACGGGCCAACGGAGCUCACGUCUCUUUACAAGAUGACACAGAUCAUCUGGUCUACAAACCCACCACCAAGGCCUGA